AUCAGCUAUGCUUACCGUGCAGACGUCAUAUUACGUCAUUAAUAUUCCUGAGCCAUGCCUUCACCAUAGUAUGUAAAUAGCGGUACAUUCCAGUAUACGUUUGGCAGGUUUCACUCCUGUGUUUGCUUCGUCCAAGUGGAGGACAUUGUACAGUCUGCAGCUUCUGAAUUAUUGACGUGUCCAGUGAAUAACACGAUUUCCUGACCUAAGACAUUUUGUUGCUGCAAUUAUGGCGCACUCUACUCAUGACAGCGAAAAGAAAGGGGAUUAUGCUGUCAACUGGUCAUUAAUGAAAGAGCGGCUGAAUUCGUUCCAGUGCUUCCCUCGUUCUCAAGAAGUUUCUGUGGAGCGACUGACCCGGGCAGGGUUUUAUUUCACAGGAGAGGCGGACAGGGUGCAGUGUUUUAGUUGCAAUGUAACAGUGGAGGACUGGAAAAGAGGAGAUGACCCAUUGCAGAGGCAUAAGCAAGCAUCUCCUGCCUGCUCAUUUCUCGGAUGUGUUCAUGGUUUGAAUACCCAGAGUCACUUGUCCAGUGUCUCUUCUUAUAACGAAGAGGCAGAAUCCAGGGAGUUUCUCCUCCGCACGGGAGAGGUGGUGGAUGAGACCAUAUAUCCCAAGGUGCCACACAUGAAGAGUGAGGAAGCUCGGCUUAAUACUUUCAGUAACUGGCCGGCAACCUCUCCGGUCCAGCCCAGUGAUCUGGCAGAAGCAGGCCUGUAUUACCUUAAUGGGGAUGACAUUGUACAGUGUUUUUGUUGUGGGGGGAUGCUUUCAGGAUGGCAGCAGGGCGAUGAUGCCUGGGGUGAACAUGCAAAGUACUACCGAAACUGCUUCUUUAUCUUGGGCCAUGAUGUGGGCAAUGUGCCACUGGCGACACCCAGAUCCGGGAUGAAUGGUGACAGGGCCUCUCUCGAGACUUUUGAGGGGCGUCUUAAUAGCUUCAAUGGCAGACAACACCCCAUAGACCACAAAAGACUGGCUAGAGCUGGAUUCUACAGCACAGGAGUCCAAGACAAAGUGAUCUGCUUUAAGUGUGGUGGAGGAGUGAAGAACUGGCUACCUGAUGAAGAUCCUUGGGAGGAGCACGCCAGGCACUAUCCAGGCUGCAGUUUUCUUCUGGCAGAAAAAGGAAAAGAAUAUGUCAGCAAUGUGCAACUGAAUUAUCCUAAAGGACAACAUUCAAGGUCAAGUCAAAAUGGCUUUUCAAGUCACGAGGGAGUCAAGCAGUCAGAGGUUGCACAAAAGGCUGUUGAAAUGGGUUUUGACCCCAUCAAAGUGAAGAGAACCAUUCUGCAGAAGUUACGUCAGAACAGCGAGGGUUAUACCUCAGUUGAGGCUCUUAUUCAAGACCUCAGCACACAGGAGAGUGAUGUUGAUGUACCUGAAAAACAAGAGGACCCUAUGAAGAAACUUGAGAAACUCCAGCGGGAGAAGCUCUGUAAAGUCUGCAUGGACAGUGACAUUAGCAUCGUCUUCAUUCCAUGCGGACACUUGGUCACUUGUCAAAAGUGCUCAGAUCACCUAGACAAGUGUCCCAUCUGCUGUGCCACCAUCACACAGAAGAUAAAGACCUACAAUGCCUAAAAAAAAACUUAAGUAACCAACUCCAAAUGAAACCCUGAUGUUCACUGAAUGUGUGGGAAUUUAAUCAUUCCUUAAAACUGCACAUAGAUGUGUAUUUGAUUUAAGCUGAUCAUGUAUAUAUGUAUGAAGAUAUCCAUAGAUAUACUCAAAUUUUAUUAUCUUGUUGUAUUUUUACAUUUCCAUGUGUUUGAUUUUGAUCAAGGCAGGGGCACACUACAUAAUUUAACUUGUAUUGUAUUGCAGGGAAAGAAAUCUUUACCUCCUCCCCACUCCCAAAAAGUUACCCUGGGGACAAAAUCAUUUUCUUUAUAUAGCUGCUUCGUUCAAAUACACAGAAAUACUCAGAUUGAUGUUUAAGGAAUAUUCCGGGUUCAAUACAAGUUGAGCUCAAUUGACAGAAUUUUUGGCAUACUAUUGAUUACCACAAAAAUUCAUUUUGACUCUCAUUCCCUCCUUUUCUUAAAAAAAUAAAAUAAAAUCAAGGUUGCAGUGAAGCACUUACAAUGGGAGUGAAUGUGGCCAAUUUUUAGAGGGUUUAAAGGCAGAAAUGUUAAGCUUAUAAUUUUAUAAAAGCACUGUCAUUGAUUCUUCUGUUAAAACUCAUCUGUUUAUUUGAGCUGUAAAGUUGUUUAAAUUGUCUUUUUUAGUCAUUUUAGGUUUUUAUGAUUUGUUGACUACAUCAUUGUAAAAUUAUCUAUAACUUUACACAGAAAAGGUUAGUAAGUGAUUUUAUCACACUAAAAUCAUGUUUACACUGAUACUGUGUAUGUCUUGUGGCUAUAUUAUUGAAAAAGUGAGUAUUGUAACGUUCAAAAAUUGGCCUCGUUUUUUGCUUUUUUUUAAGAAAAGGAGGAACGAGUCAAAAUUAAGUUUUGUGGUAAUCAAAAUAUGCCACAAAUGCUGUUGAUUGAGCUUAAUUUGUAUUGGCCCUGGAAUAUUCUUUUAACUACCAUAGUGCCUUUUUGUAGACUAAAUUUUAUGAAUAUUUUCAUUCUGUUUAAUGAUUUAACAUAAUCAUGUAUUAUAUUUUAUCUAGGCUAAUAUUUUAUCUUUUAUUCAUUAUAACAGGAUAAUGCUUGACACUUUGUUUUAGGGUUGAUUAAACGUUACCAGACAAAACUGGUUUUCUCAUGAUUACAAUUAUUUUUUAUCAUGACUCCUGUAGUAUGAUUUAAGUUGUUUAAACAUGGCAGUGGCAAUACAUGUAGAAUUCCUCACAAAUAUUUUUACAUUUUGGUUUAUCUCAAAUUGUGAAGUUAAAAAUUGAUAUAUUGGCUAUGAGAAGCUCAAGAAUUUUAGUGGUUCGCAUCAAUAGAACAUUAUACUUUGAUUACUAAUUUUUAUUCUAUAGAUUAUAGACCAUUUCAAGAAUGUAAACAAAAACAAAAGUCCAAACGUAUUUCCGGAUCCUUUCAACAAAGUCUCUUUUUCAAAGUCAGUCAGUCCACUUGGCGACCGUUUUUGGAAAACUUUUGGGCAGCUAUUUUUCUAUGUAAACAAGCGUCAUGAAAGUGCAGCUCCUAUCUACUUGAAUGGGGAAUGACCGAAAUCUCCAAAACGGUUGGUCAAUAAUAAGCAAUAAAGUAAGUUAAGUAAUUGCCUUAUUGUCUUGGCGAUGUGCCCUCAUGCCAUUCGGGUGUUUCGUUGUCUUGUGAGAGCACGUGGCUUUGUUUUGUUACUGUAUCGCCGUGUGUCUCUGUCUUGGGUCAUACCCCGCCACCUUGUUUGCCCAUUAUUAGUCACACCUGCCCUGUCUUGUUAACCGGUUGAUUUCUCUCCCUAUUUUAGUCUCCUCGUGUGUGCUGUCCAGUGUCAGUUCGUCUUGUUCUAGUCGCUGUUAAUUGCCUUUUCUCGUUCUGUCGGUCUAGUGUCCUGAAAAUUUACGCCACCUAUCAGGAUGUCCUACCAAUGCUAUAUUCGCAUAGUUGUAGGGUUAGGGCUUAGUACAGCCUCACACCAUAUCACACUAUCUGAUUAUGCUGGUAGCACAGCCUGAUAGGUAUUAUCUGCCUGACAAGAUGUGCUACCUAUGUUUUUAACACAUUUCAUGCUGUUGUAGUACAUUCCGACAGGUUCUCCCGUGCCUCCCGACCAGUGUUUUAACUUUACAUAACACUGUUUUUUAAUGCUGUUAGCACAUCCUGAGCAGGGAGCACCGGCCGGGUUCCCCGUUACACUCUGCCCCGCCUGGAUACCUUUUUCCCCUACGGGGUAGUUUGUUUGUUUUUCACCCUUGUGGGAGUUUAUGUUGGUUUUUGUUCUUUAUAAAUACAUCCCCUUUUUAACUCUGCGUUUGGGUCCCGUCAAUCUCUGCUAAAUCUUGACACCUGAUGAAAGGAGUCCAAACUCAGUCGCACUGUCAGAAUAAUUCAGCCCCAAAUACAUUGUGUUAACUUCUCACUUUUUAUAGAUGUUAGAUAACCUUACUGUUGUUAAUACCAGUGAAUUUACAUCUGCAUCCCAACUCAAAAUCAAUGCCUUACUGUCGAAUGAGCAUGUCACCGAGACAAAACAUACAAUAUUACUGCAAAUUGGACUUAUUUUGGUAAUAUAAUAAUAAUAAUAUUGCUUUUAUUUUAAUUUCUGUCUUUACAUUUUUCAUUUGAUAGAAACGGUUACACCAGUGCUACCAAAUGAGGUGAUGGUGCCACCAAGUUCUAGGUAGAUGCAUGUUUGAAGAAGCACACUUGAUUAUAUUUUGAAGAACAGAUGAAAAAGAAAAGCCGUUGAUGCAUGUGUCUGGUUUGUCGUAUGUUCAGAAGUUUAAUGGUGCUCACACGCAUGAAAUUAAAAAAAUAUUCAAUAUUGAUUUUAUAAUUUCAUACAGACCUAUAUUAACAUUCAAAAUUAAGAUAGCUAUAACAUCGAUUAACAUCGGGCUAUGAGGUUAACUAGCGAGCUGUUACUUGUUUGAAAGUAACACUUUUAAAUACUAAUAAGUUUUGGCAACUCUAAAACCUGUAAAUCCACUUCGCUAGCUGAUUACACUUUGAUAUCAACACCACAGAGAUAUAGCAACCGCUGGAACGGAAGUUCAAAGACAAAUAUUUCAAGAUGGCUGCGCGCUUUGCGCUCUGGCGCAAAAUAUACCUUUUUUCACACUCGGGGUUUUGGAACGCGGAAGUAAACGUUUGCUGGGUAAACUUCGACAGCGGUGAAUGGGAAGAUCACAGCAAAUCUUAUUUUCACAUACCCAUUUGCUCCAACAGCAAUUGAAAAAAUCCACUAUUACGUUUGAAUGACUUUCCAGAAGAUGGGGGAAAAAAAUAGAGCGGGGUUGAUUAAGACAGUCAGAUGGGAGAAGAUGCCAAAUUUACUGUCAGUCUCAGCAUCUGUAAUAAAACCCCCUCGCAGCUGUGGUAAUUUGUUUUUAAAACUAAUUCCAGGGUAAUAUAACACAAAGCAUAAUUGAGUGUAUAAAUUUACACUCAAUAUUUAAAAAAAUUAUAAUUUUUUAUAAUUGUGAAAAAGGUCUAUUGCACUGAUCUAAUAUAUAUAUAUAUAUAUAUAUAUAUAUAUAGAUCAGUGGUCUAUUGACCCCAGCCUAGCUGGGAUAUGUGAAAAAGAAG